AUGUCACAGCCAGGCUUUGCGCCCUACUGGAAGGGUGGGCUUCGACCCAGCACCACUCACGAAAACUUCAGCCCCGUCAUCGACACUGUCAACGAAAACGCGUUCAGCUUCUUCCGUACGAUUCAGAGCUUUGCCGAGCAGUCCAUGUUCGAAUUGCAGAUCCAGUUCCCGCCUGAGGACACCUGCGCCAUUCAGCGCCAAGCUAACGAACAUGUAGCGCAGAGACCCGCACAAAGAGAGCCAGCUACUGCUGCCGCUCAGACGCACCCCGCCAAGUCUUCGAACAACGACGAAAAAUACCGCUCAUCGUAUGUACCUACGCUCAAGAAGCACAGUUGA